GUCAUUUGUUUCUUGAACCUUGCGGCGAAGUAGUAGAUUUGUUGAAACAUAGAAUACAGCGUUGCUCACUCAAACCCCCAUCCAAUGGAAAGGUCAUCCGAAUUGAAUUUCUUACAAACCGAAUUAAAUGCAGCCAAUGCCCAAAAUGAACGUCUGAUUGAGGAAAAUGCACAAUUGCGACGGGAACUGCAGCGUUUAGCUGACGAGGAGCGAUCAAAAUCGACCCUCAAUGCGGAGCUGAAAAUGAAGACGCUCCAACUGGAAAGCGAACGAGCCCUUUUGGUCGAUGAAAAUGCUCAGCUGCGACAAGAUCUCCAGCGUUUGACCAAUGACGAUAAAUCGAAAUCUAUCGUGAAUGUGGAGACGAGACUGAAGGCAUUCCAAAUGGAAAAUGAACGUGACAAUCUGUUCGAACAACUUGAGAAAAUAAAACGCAAAUACAACCAGCUGCAUGCGGCAUUUGUGGCCAAAGUCCAACGUUGCAAGGCACUCGAAGAUGUCUUCAAUCGGCAGAAAACACUAAACGGAUUAGUCAUUAAGUCGGCAAUAGUCCAAAAGGACAAGGAACAAAAUAUAAAAUCGGCAAAGAGAGCUUCACCGAAGGAGAAUAAUGCGACAGUUGCCAAUUUGCAGGAGCAUGUUGCAAAGCUGCAAAACGAACUGGAUGAGGCCCGCGAUAUAAUCGACGAACUAGAAUUUGAGUUAGAAAGUGUGAGUAUUAAAUUGUAGACCCUACCAAGUAUAUAUAUACUCUUAAUCAGCGUAAAAUUCUAAGGCGAUUUAGCCCUGGCCGUCUGUUGUAAUCACGCUAAAGUCGAAAAGAAUUAAGAAAUACAACACAUAAAAACAGAUUAGUCUUUUGCCAGUAGGCAGGUCCAAUUCGAAGAUGGGUCUACGAUAUCGUAUAGCCCCCGAUAUUCGGUAUUUAAAUAAUUAUAGCCACAUUUUUGUCUAGAAUUCGAUAUGUGAAACAAUUGUGUAAAUAGGCCUA